CUCCUCACCACCAGAGAUUGUACACGAGGACUUGAAGAUGGGGUCUGAUGGGGAGAGUGACCAGGCUUCAGCCACGUCCUCGGAUGAGGUGCAGUCUCCAGUGAGGGUGCGCAUGCGCAACCAUCCCCCACGCAAGAUCUCCACUGAGGACAUCAACAAGCGCCUGUCGCUACCAGCUGACAUCCGGCUGCCCGAGGGCUACCUUGAGAAGCUGACCCUCAAUAGCCCCAUCUUUGACAAGCCCCUCAGCCGCCGCCUCCGUCGUGUAAGCCUGUCCGAGAUUGGCUUUGGGAAACUGGAGACCUACAUCAAGUUGGACAAGCUAGGCGAGGGUACCUAUGCCACCGUCUACAAAGGCAAAAGCAAGCUCACAGACAACCUUGUGGCACUCAAGGAGAUCAGACUGGAGCAUGAAGAGGGGGCACCCUGUACCGCCAUCCGAGAAG